GGUCAAGUUGUGUUCCGGAAUGGUGAGAGAAUGGGGACCAUUAAAUUUACUCAGUUUCAAGGAUCCGAGCCACCCAAAGACAAGACCAUCAUCCUGGAGCAGCUGCGCAAGAUCUCGCUGCCGCUCUACAGCAUCCUCUCUGCCCUCACCAUCCUGGGCAUGAUCAUGGCCAGUGCGUUCCUCUUCUUCAACAUCAAGAAUCGGAAUCAGAAGUUGAUCAAGAUGUCUAGUCCAUAUAUGAACAACCUCAUCAUCCUUGGCGGGAUGCUCUCGUACGCAUCCAUAUUUCUCUUUGGCCUGGAUGGAUCCUUUGUCUCUGAAAAGACCUUUGAGACACUUUGCACUGUCAGAACCUGGAUCCUCACUGUGGGCUACACUACUGCCUUUGGGGCGAUGUUUGCAAAGACAUGGAGGGUCCACGCCAUCUUCAAAAAUGUGAAGAUGAAGAAGAAGAUCAUCAAGGACCAGAAGCUCCUCGUGAUCGUGGGGGGCAUGCUGCUGAUUGACCUGUGCAUCCUGAUCUGCUGGCAGGCUGUGGACCCCCUGAGGAGGACGGUCGAGAGGUACAGCAUGGAGCCGGACCCCGCAGGCCGAGACAUCUCCAUUCGCCCUCUCCUGGAGCACUGUGAGAACACCCACAUGACCAUCUGGCUGGGCAUCGUCUAUGCCUACAAGGGCCUUCUCAUGUUGUUCGGUUGUUUCUUAGCUUGGGAGACCCGCAACGUCAGCAUCCCUGCACUCAAUGACAGCAAGUAUAUCGGGAUGAGCGUCUACAACGUGGGCAUCAUGUGCAUCAUCGGGGCCGCCGUCUCCUUCCUGACCCGGGACCAGCCCAACGUGCAGUUCUGCAUCGUGGCCCUGGUCAUCAUCUUCUGCAGCACCAUCACCCUCUGCCUGGUGUUUGUGCCCAAGCUCAUCACUCUGAGGACAAACCCAGACGCAGCCACUCAGAACAGACGAUUCCAGUUCACUCAGAAUCAGAAGAAAGAAGAUUCUAAAACCUCCACCUCGGUCACCAGUGUGAACCAAGCAAGCACGUCCCGCCUAGAGGGCCUGCAGUCGGAAAACCAUCGGCUGCGGAUGAAGAUCACAGAGCUUGAUAAAGACUUGGAAGACGUCACUAUGCAGCUGCAGGACACACCGGAGAAGACCACAUACAUCAAACAGAACCACUACCAAGAGCUCAAUGACAUCCUCAACCUGGGGAACUUCACUGAGAGCACAGGGCAGUUAGAAUCCCUCCAAAUCCUGAAGCUCAAGAAGUCUGCAUCUUUCUUGCUUGGUGAUGUCUCCCGGGUGAUUGCCAGGGCCCUGGCUGGCACGUGUAAGCCCUCACUAUAUACCCGCAAGGUGGCUGAACGCAUCCAGCGCCGACUGUCCCUCCAGCUCCCUAUCCUCCACCACGCCUACCUCCCGUCCAUUGGAGGCGUGGACGCCAGCUGCGUCAGCCCUUGUGUCAGCCCCACCGCCAGCCCCCGCCACAGACAUGUGCCACCCUCCUUCCGAGUUAUGGUCUCGGGCCUGUAAAGGCAGGGGGCCUGGGGCCGGGGCCUCCCCCAUGACAGAACCACCCCGAGCGGAGGCGUCCGCUGCAGGAACCCUGGCGGCUCUGGCUGCAGAGAGCUGGGCACAUGGCUGGCCUCGCGGGACUGCUCAGAGGGCGCUCAGGUGGACAGCAGGGGGUGGGACUUGGCACCUGACCUCAAGCCUUAUUUGUGAAGUUUUUGUUCUUUCACAAAGAGGAACGGAAGUGACCUCUUCCUUAACUUCUGCACGCAAGGAGGAGCGGGCCCAUUUGAAA